AUGGCGAUGGAUGACAAAGAGGCCCUUGCCCAAAUCCAGCAAAUGGUGAAGUUCAUUUUGAACGAAGCCAAAGACAAAGCUCAGGAAAUAGAGGCACGUGCAUUGGAGGAUUUUAACAUUGAGAAGCUAAAGAUUGUUCAGCAGAUGAAGGACAAGAUUCGUCAGGAGUUUGACAAAAAGGCGAAGAAGCUUGAAGUGCAGCGUUCUAUCGACCGAUCGACGGCCAUUAACAAGGCACGCCUUCGCCGAAUUGCUGCCCAAGAACAAGUGGUGAACGAAGUUUAUGCGCAGUCACAGAAGCAGCUGGCAGCCAUCUGUUCCGACAGUGCCCGGUACAAGGAGCUCCUUGUGGAUCUCAUUGUGCAGGGUUUGCUGCGCCUCUUGGAAGCUGAAGUAAUCAUCAGGUGUCGCGAAAUGGACCGGCAAGUCGUUGAAAGCAUUCUUCCGGCUGCUGCAGCAAAGUACAGCAAAAUCCUCAACGAUGAAGCGGGUCUGAAGAAAACGGUUAAACUUUCCAUUGACAAGUUGGGGCGGUACCUCCCACCCCCUCCUUCUGGUGAUAGCUCUGUGCCUUCCUGGUAA